UGCAUUCAGCAGCGAGCGCCCGUCUGUGUCUGUGUCUUAUUGGAGCUCACCGCGCGGUGGCACCGUGCGUCAGCCCCCUUCGCGCGCACCUCUCUCUCUCUGAUCUGCUGCUCAAAUGAUGCUGGAGAUUUUCAGCGCGACGGGGCCGGUUCCUGGGCGGCAAUCAGCGAUGACAGUUUGAUCUCUCACGAAUACCGUUUUGCACUCUCGUACACAAGCGGAGCUUUACGCAGAUCAUGUUUCUAUAAGACUAAGCGGCACCGUGUCGCACUAAAACGGGACUUGGAAAGUUACUUAAACCGAAUGAAGCUUAUCCUGCAUCUGGGCGGACUCAGUGAACGGGAGGUUCUUCACUGCAAAAGACUCGUUUUGGGGAUAACAUAUGAGCCAGGAACAGAGCUAACUUUUGUUUUACUGGAAUGAGAAAAACACAGCGUCAUUGAUCAUGAGCGAAUUAUCACCAGUCUAAUCAGAUCCUGGGGACCGUUAUCAACAAUUCGUGAACUAGAGGCGUUUGCGCUCUGGAGUGGGAAUACUUACUGAUCAAACAUUUAUUAAGUGAAUGCAUGAGAGCAGAGACAUUGGAUGAAAGAACAAAAGUCUCCGUGAUCAGACUUCUGUGCGUACUGUGCACUGUUAAGAACUGAAGUUUUAACAUACUGUUCACAAACUCACACCUACAACGGAGUUUUACAACAUUCAAGUUUGAGAUAUAAAUGUAAAGGAAUAGUGUUUUGACUCGGACAAGACGCGCCAGAGACACUCCAGAAAACUACGCGCACAACUGUGGCUGGACUGUGGAGGAGCAACAUGUACCCGGCGUGCCGGACAAACGCGUUCAGUGUCUCUUCAUCUGCCUCUCUGGCAAUGUUGGGGAAGUCGGGUAAAGCAAAGAAAAGACUUUGUUGGAUUGUAAUAUUGCUGUCGGUGCUCCUACAUCUGGCGUCUACACAAGAUGAUGUUCCUCCAUACUUUAAAACAGAGCCGGUACCGAGUCAGUUGCACUUGGAAAGGAACCGGUUGGUUCUAACUUGUAUGGCUGAGGGGAGCUGGCCAUUGGAGUUUAAAUGGAUCCACAACGACACAGAGAUCACACGCUUCUCGCUGGAGUACAGGUAUUUGAUACCAUCUCUGGACAGAUUGCAUGCUGGCUUCUAUCGGUGUAUUGUGAGGAACAGAGUCGGGGCGUUGUUACAGAGAAGAACCGAAGUACAAGUGGCAUAUAUGGGAAGCUUUGAGGAAGGGGAACGAACCCAAGCCAUAUCCCAAGGAGAAGGAGCCGUAAUACCGGCGCCUCAUAUUCGCUGUUUCCCUCAACCACAGGUGACCUGGUUCAGAGACGGCCGCAAAAUCCCUCCCAGCAGUCGAAUAGCCAUUACUCUGGACAAUACGCUGGUCAUCCUGUCCACUGUGGCCCCAGAUGCUGGACGAUACUACGUACAAGCCGUGAAUGACAAGAAUGGUGAAAACAAGACUGGCCAGCCCAUAACGCUGUCUGUGGAAAAUGUUGGUGGUCCUGCAGACCCCAUCGCUCCCACCAUUGUCAUCCCGCCGAGGAACACCAGCGUCAUCUCUGGCACCUCUGAGAUCACCAUGGAGUGUGUGGCCAACGCUAGGCCUUUAAUAAAGCUGAGCAUCAGCUGGAAGAAGGACGGUGUUCCGGUGAGGAGUGGACUGAGUGAUUUUAACCGUAGACUGACGGUGUUGAGUCCAGUGGUCAGCGACUCGGGCUUCUACGAGUGUGAAGCUGUCCUCCGCAGCAGCAGCGUUCCCUCUGUCAGCUCUGGAGCUUACCUACAUGUGCUCGAACCGCCUCAGUUUGUGAAGGAACCAGAAAAACACAUCACAGCUGAGAUGGAAAAAGUAGUGGACAUUCCCUGCCAGGCCAGAGGUGUGCCACAGCCUGAUAUUGUGUGGUACAAGGAUGCAGUACCCAUAAGCCCUGUGAAGACCCCGCGCUACAGAGUUCUAGCAGGAGGUAGUCUCCAGGUUAACGGCCUCUUACCCGACGACACAGGAAUGUUCCAGUGCUUCGCUCGCAACCAGGCCGGAGAGGUGCAGACCAACACCUACCUCGCCGUUACGAGUAUAGCACCGAACAUCACUGCAGGGCCUUCCGACAGCACUGUGAUUGACGGCAUGUCAGUUAUCCUUCACUGUGAGACCUCAGGAGCGCCCCGUCCUGCCAUCACCUGGCAGAAAGGAGAACGAGUGCUAGCAAGCGGUUCGGUUCAGCUCCCGCGGUUCACUCUCCUGGAGUCAGGAAGUUUACUCAUAAGCCCCUCCCACAUAUCAGACGCUGGCACCUACACCUGUAUGGCCAGCAACUCCCGUGGCAUAGACGAGGCCUCGGCCGACCUCGUAGUCUGGGCACGGACACGCAUCACUAACCCUCCUCAGGAUCAGAGUGUCAUCAAAGGAACAAAAGCCACCAUGACCUGCGGUGUGACGCAUGACCCCAGCGUCUCAGUCAGGUUCGUUUGGGAGAAGGAUGGUCAGGGGAUCAUUCCUCAGUCUCUGCCUCGACUGCGGCUGGAUGUCAACGGUACGCUGCACAUCUCUCAGACCUGGUCAGGUGACAUCGGCACAUACACCUGCAGAGUGACAUCAGUGGGCGGCAAUGAUUCCCGUAGUGCGCACUUACGCGUGAGGCAGUUGCCUCAUACCCCUGAGAACCCCAGCGCAGUGUUAAGCACCACAGAGAAGAGAGCCAUAAACCUGACGUGGGCCAAACCUUUUGACGGGAACAGCCCUCUCAUCCGUUACAUUCUGGAAGUGUCUGAAAACAACGCUCCUUGGACAGUCCUGUUGGCCAGCAUCGAGCCGGAGUCGACUGCUGUAACAGUCAACGGGCUGAUCCCGGCGCGCUCAUACCAGUUCCGUCUCUGUGCCGUCAACGACGUUGGCAAGGGCCAGUUAAGCAAGGAGACUGACCGGGUGUCUCUUCCAGAGGAGCCGCCCAGUGCUCCGCCUCAGAACGUGAUUGCCAGUGGCCGCACCAACCAGUCCAUCAUGAUUCAAUGGCAGCCACCACCAGAAAGCCACCAAAAUGGCAUACUGAGGGGAUACAUCAUCCGGUAUCGUCUGACCGGUCUGCCUGUGGAUAUCCAGUAUAAAAAUAUCUCGAACCCUGAGGUCACCAACCUGCUGCUGGAGGAUCUUAUCAUCUGGACGAAUUACGAAAUUGAGGUGGCGGCAUAUAACGGAGCUGGACUGGGCGUUUACUCCCAUAAGGUUACAGAGUGGACACUCCAGGGAGUUCCCACCAUCGCUCCAGGCAAUGUGAAAGCAGAGCCUGUUAAUUCCACCACAAUCCACUUCACCUGGACAGCCCCGAACCCACAGUUCAUCAACGGCAUCAACCAAGGCUACAAGCUGUUAGCAUGGGAGCCAGGAAAAGAAGACGAGAUGACAAUAGUGACCGUUCGGCCAAACUUCCAGGACAGCGUGCAUGUGGGCCACAUCACCGGCUUAAAGAAGUUUUCAGAGUAUUUCACCUCUGUGCUCUGCUUCACCACACCAGGAGACGGUCCUCGCAGUCCUCCACGACGACUGCGCACACAUGAAGACACCCCUGGUGCUGUGGGUCACCUGAGCUUCACUGAGAUUUUGGACACUUCUCUCAAAGUCAGCUGGAGAGAUCCCAAUGAGAAAAACGGCGUUCUGACUGGGUAUCGUAUAUCAUGGGAGGAGUAUAACCGUACUAACACGCGGGUUACACACUACCUGCCAAAUGUUACUCUGGAAUACAGAGUCACUGGACUGACCGCUCUCACCACUUACACCAUUGAGGUGGCCGGAAUGACCUCCAAGGGUCAGGGUCAGCUGUCGUCUUCAACAAUCUCUUCAGGUGUACCACCAGAGCUUCCCGGGCCUCCCACAAACUUGGCCAUCUCAAACAUUGGCCCUCGAUCAGUAACCUUACAGUUCAAGCCUGGAUACGAUGGCAAGACCUCAAUUUCUCGUUGGCAAGUGGAGGCCCAGGUGGGUGUCACUGGAGAGAAUGAGGAUUGGGUGAUGGUCCAUCAGCUGGCCAACGAGCCUGAUGCUCGCUCUCUGGAGGUCUCCGGUCUCAACCCCUACACCUUUUAUAGGUUCCGUAUGCGUCAGGUGAACAUAGUGGGCACCAGUCCUCCCAGCCAGCCUUCCAGAAAGAUCCAGACCCUGCAGGCUCCUCCUGAUAUGGCCCCUGCAAAUGUCACCCUGCGGACAGCCAGCGAAACCAGCCUCUGGCUCAGAUGGGUGCCUCUUCCUGAAUGGGAGUAUAACGGGAACUCAGAUUCGGUGGGUUACCGUGUGCAGUACAGCAGGACUGGAGCUCAGUCAAAAGCCCUGCUGCACAUCAUCUCAGACCGCCUGGAGAGAGAGUUCACCAUCGAGGACCUGGAGGAGUGGACGGAGUAUGAGGUCAGAGUUCAGGCCAUCAACGGCAUUGGAGCAGGACCCUGGAGUCAACCUGUACGGGGAAGAACCAGAGAGUCCGUCCCCUCUUGUGGCCCCACAAAUGUUUCUGCAUUUGCCACUACCUCCAGCAGCAUUCUGGUCCGCUGGAUUGAAGUUCCCGAACACGACCGGAAUGGACUCAUCUUGGGCUAUAAGGUGGUGUAUAAGGAGAAGGAUUCAGACUCUCCUCUUCAGUUCUGGACAGUGGAAGGAAACGCCAGUCACAGUGUUCAGCUAACCGGACUAGGCAAGUAUGUUCUGUACGAGAUCCAGGUGCUCGCCUUCACCCGCAUCGGAGACGGCCGACCCAGCUCUCCUUCAAUCCUGGAGCGAACCCUUGAUGACGUGCCUGGGCCGCCUGUCGUCAUUCUUUUUCCUGAAGUCCGGACCACCUCGGUCAGACUCAUCUGGCAGCCACCUUCCCAGCCCAACGGCAUCAUACUGGCCUAUCAGAUCACAUACCGCCUGAACUCCACCAAUAGCAACACAGCCACGUUUGACGUCUUGAACUCCAGCGCACGCCAGUACACCGUCACCGGACUGAGGCCGGAAUCUGUGUAUGUGUUCCGUAUCAGAGCGCAGACACGCAAGGGUUGGGGAGAGGCAGCGGAGGCUUUGGUGGUCACCACCGAAAAGAGAGCUCGUCCCCAGCCCACCAGCCGUCCCACAGUCCCUCAGGAAAACGUCCAGGCACGCAGCGUGCUGUUGUCAUGGGAACCUGGCAGUGACGGUUUAUCUCCGGUCCGGUAUUACACGGUUCAGCUCAGAGAGCUGCCUGAGAAGAUCUGGACGGUUCAUUCUGCUUCUGUUAGCCACGAGUCCAGCUCCUAUAUUGUUGACAGACUGAAGCCCUUCACCUCCUAUCAGUUCAGAGUGAAGGCCACCAAUGAUAUUGGAGACAGUGACUACAGCGAAGAGAGUGAAGCUAUUACAACACUACAGGACGCUCCUGACGAAUCUCCCACAAUCCUAACUGUCACGCCACACACCACAACCUCCGUGCUGAUAUGCUGGCAGCCCCCUCCUGAGCAGAAGAUUAACGGGAUCCCUUUGGGUUUCCGAAUUCGAUAUCGGGAGUUGCUUUACGAUCAGCUCCGAAGUUUCAGCGCUAAUGCCAUCAGCAGCCCUUCAACCAGCUGGGCAGAACUCACAUCUCCAUACAGCGUACGGAACCUCAGCGAUCCCUCCCUCACUCAGUAUGAGCUGGACAAACUUACGAAACACAAGCGCUAUGAAAUCAGAAUGAGUGUCUAUAAUGCUGUUGGUGAGGGACCAACUAGCUCACCACAGGAAGUCUUUGUUGGUGAAGCAGUUCCCACUGCCCCGCCUCAAAAUGUGGUCAUCCAAUCAGCUACUGCUACACAGUUUGAUGUGACAUGGGACCCGCCUCCGCUGGAGACUCAGAAUGGAGAUAUUCAGGGUUAUAAGAUUUUCUUUUGGGAAUAUCAGCGGAAAAACGAGACUGAGAAACUGCGGACUCUCUUCCUGCCGGAGGGAGGGGUGAAGCUCAAGAAUCUAACGGGCUACACCACCUACAUGAUCAGUGUUGCUGCUUUCAACGCGGCCGGCGAUGGGCCACGCAGCCUACCGACAAGAGGAAGAACCCAACAAGCUGCUCCCAGUGCUCCUAGUUUCAUCCAUUUCAGUGAGCUAACCACCACCUCUGUCAACGUGUCGUGGGGCGAGCCUGUCUUCCCUAACGGCAUCCUUGAGGGUUACAGACUUAUCUAUGAGCCCUGCAUGCCUGUUGAUGAGUCCUCAGUGGCCUGUGUCGACUGUCUUCACUCCCCCUCCCCCCCAGGCGUCAGUAAGAUCGUGACGGUGGACGUAAAGGGGAACGCCCCUCUGUGGCUGAAAAUCAAAGACCUGGCGGAUGGCGUCACAUACAACUUCCGCAUUCGUGCAAAAACCUUCACCUACGGUCCAGAGGUGGAGGCCAACAUCACCACAGGACCCGGAGAAGGAGCCCCGGGACCUCCCGGUGAGCCCUUCAUCUCCCGAUAUGGCUCCGCCCUUACCAUCCACUGGAGCAAUGGGGAUCCCGGGCGAGCACCUAUCACCCGCUAUGUUAUAGAGGCCAGGCCCUCAGAUGAAGGCUUGUGGGACAUCUUAAUCAAGGACAUUCCCAAGGAAGUGACAUCAUAUACCUUCAACAUGGAUAUCUUGAAACAGGGAGUCAGCUAUGACUUCCGGGUUAUCGGGGUGAAUGAUUAUGGGUACGGCUCUCCAAGCCAACCGUCACCAUCCAUAUCAGCACAAAAAGUGUCUCCGUUCUAUGAGGAAUGGUGGUUUCUGGUGGUGGUUGCUCUGGUCGGCCUCAUUUUCAUCCUGCUUCUAGUUUUUAUCCUCAUCAUCAGAGGCCAGAGCAAGAAAUAUGCUAAGAAAUCUGACUCAAGCAACAAUUCCAACUGCAAUGCACUGACACAUGGAGAGAUGGUCAGCCUGGACGAGAGCCGCUUCCCUGCCUUGGAACUGAACAAUCGACGGCUGUCCGUCAAAAAUUCCUUCUGCCGCAAAAAUGGUGUCUACACCAGGUCACCUCCUCGACCCAGUCCAGGCAGUCUGAACUACUCAGAUGAGGAUGUCAGCACCAAGUACAAUGACCUGAUCCCAGCAGAGAGCAGCAGUCUCACAGAGAAGCCCUCAGAGAUCUCAGAUUCACAGGAGGCGCUUGUUUUCUCCUUUAAGACUGGGGGCCUCCAUACUCUUCCAACUCAAAUGGGCAGUGACAGCGAAUACGAGGUGGAACCCAACCGCCAGAAGACGCAUUCAUUCGUCAACCACUACAUCAGUGACCCCACCUACUACAACUCCUGGCGCAGACAGCAGAAGGGAAUCUCCCGAGCACAGGCCUACAACUAUACCGAGUCGGAGUCCGGAGAGCCCGAACCCUGUGCUCCUCCACCACCUCUACCCCCUCUACCCCCAUUCCCCCCACAGCUCAGUUCCCCUACACCCCAGAGCCAGUCCCAGGCUGGCAGCCUUUUUAGACCCAAAGGCAGCCGGACUCCCACUCCUUCCCAGCAGAGCUCCAACUCACCCAGUCAGCACGGCACACUUUAUCGGCCCCCUAGCAGCUUGGCCCCAGGUUCCCGGGCCCCCAUCGCUGGCUUCUCCUCCUUUGUUUGAUUGGAUGAAGACACCGGUACAUGGAAAAACAAAACAAAGGCAAGGGAUCGCUUACUUUCCCCAAUGCCUGAUCAAACUCACAUCUAUUGAAAAACAUCAGCCCUGGAUUUGUUGUGCUUUACUUGUCAUUGCGAGCAGAUUUUUAUUUUUAUAAACUUUCUUUGAUCACACAUUUUGUUUUCUUUCAUUUAGGUUUUUGUUUUGUUUCUCUGCUUGUGUGUUCAAAGCCUUUCACUCAAAAUGAAAGAUAAUCACUUGGAAAGACAUUUAAACACGUCGGUGAGCUUUGUUUCUUUUGGUUUGAGGUUUUUUGUGCUGCUUGAAAAAACUGCAUGACUUUGUUGUUGUUCAAACAAAUAUUUUAGUUUGCUUUUUCAUUUAGAUUUCAUUGGUACUUCUGUUUUAUUGAGUUCCACAAAAGAGUAUAACACCAACACUGACUCAUGAUUGCUGGACAAAGGCACUGACUCAUGAAAAAGAAAUGGCUAUAGAGAAAAUCUCAGCACUUGGACCACAUCGAGAAAAAUGCUAAAUAGUGAUUUGUACUGUGGUAUUUUUGUUCUUACACAGAUGACAAAGUACUGCAGUGAUUAUGAGAGGUUAAAUUUCAUUUAACUAGGCACUGUGCACUUAGCACAUGUUUGAGUUGGAAAGCAUCAUUUAUUGAUGUCACAGGUCACUUUUCACCAGGGCUCUGAAAAGGCCAAAUUAAGUGCUUCUCGCUAAUCUGUGUUUUGAAUGUUUUUCCGGAGGUGAAAUAUAGAUUGUUCGUAAAGUUGAACACAAGUAAAUUUUCCCUCGUGGAACUUAUGGAAGGCCAAAUAUGUAAGAGUCUGAUUCACUAUGAUAUUAUUAUACUAGUGCUCUGGAUUAUUUCAGAUUCAGAGUAAUUUAUGUUAGCAGCAGGUGUGUAUGUGUGUGGUGCGAGGUCAUUUGUUGCUCCUUUUGAUUUGACUCUAUGAUGUCAUCCUGAGCUUCAGGUUGCACUUCCGCCGUGCAAACGGUAACGUCGGACACAAAAGUCAAUAAACAGCAGCGGAUAUCAGAUAUUUGCCAGCAUCUCAGGUGGAGCUGGAUGUCAAACAUACCCAUCAAAGAUUUCCUGUUCAAAAACCUCUCCGAUUUUCCCUUUCCUGAUCAUCUGGCCAGACAUAACAUCAUAGAACCUGAUGACAUUUCAAAUAUUGUGCAGCCAAGCAAAUGUAUUGUACCUGUGAACUUCAGAUUUUUCUCCACUUCGCUUUGACGCGGCUAUUCAAAGUUACUGAAGAUAAAAGAAAAUGGACAAAGGGACCCAACACAGCCACAGCAGAGAACUAAAUGGCACUUGCGCAGCUUACUUGUGAGGUUAAAUGAUGUUGUUUGCUCUUUCUUUUCCGUGAAGUGAUUUUACUGUCUGUAUAAACAAGGUCUAUCACAUGCUCAGUCUGCCUGAACACAGUAUAUUCCUAAAUAAAUUAUGUUUUCUGCAAACGUUA